AUGACUGAUAUAAGGAAUAUCAUAUUAAUUGGCCGUACGGAAAACGGGAAAUCAACGUUAGCUAACGUGUUAAUCAAUUCUAAUGAGUUUAUGGAAAGCGCUGGCAGUAUCAGUGAAACACGAAAGAUUCAAAUAAAAGAAUUUGAAGAAACAAUAGACACAAGUGGUGACCAAGUAAUUAAAUACAGAGUAAUUGACACUGUAGGACUCGGUGACACGGGUUUAAUUGAGAAAGAAGUUCUUUAUAAAGUGACAGAAGCCAGCCAUUACAUCAGAGAAGGCUUAAAUCAAAUUUUAUUUGUUACCAAUGGGAGAUUCACGUUAAUACUUUUGGGUUAUUUAAAUCUAUCAUUUUUGACAAAAGGGUUGCCGAAUACACCACCAUCGAUUAUACAUGUCAAUAAUUCUUCAUUAAAAGGUCGUUCAGCUGCCACGAACCGUGAUAUUCGUGAAGAGUCACGGAAGAGACUCUUGAUUUAUUUGACAACCUGUCAAGGAAUUUAUAAACCUGAAAACCUGGAUGCUAUGAUGAUCGAAUUGGUGGUUAUAUGA